CUUAUUUGUGUGUUCUCCUCUUUGUUAUGUUGUUUCUCACUCUGAAGAAAAAAGCACUGACGGAGGUUCCCCAGGCUUCUCUAUUUUUCUUGUGAGCGAAUAUGGUGAGGGUUAGUGUGUUGAACGAUGCUCUCAAGAGCAUGUACAAUGCUGAGAAAAGGGGGAAGCGCCAAGUCAUGAUUAGGCCAUCCUCCAAGGUCAUUAUCAAAUUUCUUUUGGUGAUGCAGAAGCACGGUUACAUUGGAGAGUUUGAGUACGUUGAUGACCACAGGGCUGGGAAAAUCGUGGUGGAAUUGAAUGGUAGACUGAACAAAUGUGGGGUUAUUAGCCCCCGUUUUGAUGUGGGUGUUAAAGAUAUAGAACCUUGGACUGCUAGGCUUCUCCCCUCAAGACAGUUUGGUUACAUUGUAUUGACUACCUCUGCUGGCAUCAUGGAUCACGAAGAGGCUAGGAGAAAGAAUGUUGGUGGUAAGGUCCUAGGUUUCUUCUACUAGGUUAUUUUCAAUUGAGGAUGGCAGUGGUUUCAAUUUUGAGAUUCACGAGUUGUAAUGGAGGAUAUGGAAAUCCCUUAGUGAAAUCAAGCAUAGCAGGAGCUGUUUUGUUAUGUUCUUUAUUUUGGUUUGCAAAGCCAACGUGGUAACUAUUAUUUUUCUGUUUUCUUAUCCUUAUUUAUUUUAUAGCAUAAUGUACUUAUUU